AUGGUGAAAGUUGUUCAAACGGUUGCCAUGGCAAGUCACCAAGCCGUGAUGUCGCUUGAAACGACGAGUCCUGCCAGUGCACAGAUGAUCGAGUCAAGGCGAUCCACUGGCGCAAAGGCGGCGCGGGCGAGGAAGGAAAGCGGGCGAGCUGGGGCCGGAUUCGAUCGCGUAGGGCAGAAAGUCAAUGGCAGUGGCGCUGAAGCCGAAAGACGGACGCGAGACGUGCAACGGCGGACGGAGCUGCAGCCGGAGACGACGCGAUAG